UUUGUCGAAAGUAGGAUUAAACAAGGUCUUUGCUGGAUAAUUUCAUGGCUUCCUUCACGUGUCCCAAUUAUACAAACAUUUUAUAUCGUCAGUUUCCAACAACAAAAUUAAUUAACAAUAAUUUGGUGCUGUCUCAUUUUAAUUUAAUACACUGAACUGUAUUUGUAGCACCGGCUCGUGUUAUAGAUUACAAGUUUCCUUUCUAUGACUGCAACAUAACCUUUCUAAACGAAUAUUCGCUGCACAAUGUUUUUGUCACAUAAAAGUUUACAAGCGAUUCAAAUACAACCCCUUAAGCAAUAUUAUUCGAUUACAAUUAACAAGAGCAAAUGGAAAAGUGUAGUCGGCCUUGAAGUCCAUGCCCAAAUAUUUUCGGAAAGUAAACUCUUUUCAGGUGCCGCUACCAAAUUUUUAUCUCCCGUAAACACUAACGUUUCCCUGUUUGAUAUGGCUACGCCUGGCACGUUACCCAUUUUAAACAAACGUUGUGUGGAGGCCGGUGUGCUGACGGCCCUUGCUUUAAACUGCACAAUCAACCCGAUUUCUUAUUUUGAUAGGAAGCAUUAUUUCUAUGCUGAUUUGCCGGCGGGCUAUCAGAUUACUCAACAAAGAGCUCCAUUGGCGAGGAAUGGAAAUUUACAAUUUAGUGUAUUUACUACUGGUGUCCAGAAACCCUAUAAAACAAAUGUGAGGUUAAAGCAGGUCCAAUUAGAGCAAGAUAGCGGUAAAAGCCUGCAUGAAUCAGAUAGAAGUCUAGUGGAUUUAAAUAGAGCUGGUGUGCCUCUGAUGGAGCUAGUGUUUGAACCUGAUUUAACAAACGGAGAAGAAGCUGCUGCUCUUAUUAAAGAAUUGAUAAUUAUACUGCAAAGACUCAAUACCUGCUCCUGUAAGAUGGAAGAGGGUGCAUUAAGAGUUGACGCAAAUGUGUCAAUCCAUCAAGAUGGUGAACCUUUUGGGAUUAGAUCAGAAAUAAAAAAUAUUGGUUCAGUUAGGGGAGUGGCUGGCGCAGUAAAAUUCGAAAUAGAGCGUCAAAUGAAAAUAAAGGAAUCCGGAGGUGAAAUAGUUAAUGAAACUCGUGCCUGGGACAUGGAAAAUAGAGUGACUGUCCCUAUGAGAGAUAAAGAGGUGCAACAGGAUUAUAGGUAUAUGCCUGAACCUAAUUUACCUCCCCUGCACCUUGAUGUAGGUCCUAUUAUUAGAGAUGGUUUUAUUAACAUUGAUAGUUUAAAGAGUAAGAUUCCCGAGUUGCCUGAACAGACUCGAAUAAGGCUCAGGGAAGAGCUUGGUUUAACUGCAGAACAGUGCAUAAUUCUUGUGAAUGAUCCAUCUUUGUUAGAACUGUUCAUUGGGUCAUUAAAUGGGCAAAAAUUUAGAGCUUCCACCCUGGCAAAUUUUUUAAUCAAUGAGCUUAACACGGCACUCAACAAAUUUGAAGUAGAAUUACAUGAUACCCAGAUUAGGGCAUUGCACAUUGGUGAAAUAAUAAGAAUGUUAGAAGGGUCACUAAUUAAUAGAAGUACUGCUAAAAUGGUCUUAGAUGAAUUGUUUAUGGGAAAUUUGAAAGCUCCCUCCGAGAUUGUUGAGGAGAAGGGCUGGAAGCAGAUUGUAGAUGAAGCAGAAUUAAGAAAAAUAUGUCAAGAAGUAAUAGAUGAAAAUGAAAAAAUGGUAACCGCAUUCCUAAAGGGCAAAGUCAAAGUGUUCCAGGCCUUACUUGGUGCGGUGGCAAUAAAAACCAACAAGCGUGCCGAUAUGGCGAAAUGUGACAAAAUUAUGAAAGAACUGUUGCAUAAUAUUAAAUAAAAUAUUAUUUUAGAUUAUUUUUCAUUGUACUUGUAUAGUUAUUUACAUGCAUUUGAGUUUUUUUUAUUUACUGGUUUGUUUGGCCCUGCCACUCAAUCUGGUCAGCUUACAAAUAUUGGUAAAUAUAAUUCAAAAUUCCCAAAGGAUGCCUUCAUAAAGAAAGCGUCUGGACUAUUCCAUCAUCCUCCAGGUUUAAUAACAUAUUCAUACAGCGGAAUAAUUCAUCUAACGGUUCCAGCGAUUAUCUCAUACGGGAUAUCCAAUCAGAUAUGGUCUGGAUACCAGUGUGAAUAUGAGACAUCCGAAAACUGAGCAAUACAACAUACAUAU